UGGUGGCAACGGCGGCGGCGGCAACGGGGUCGGUAAGCAGCGUGCGGCGCUCGGAAGGGCAGCGUCGGUGGCGCGAGCGGUCGCACCAAGCAUUCUCUCUCGCUGCCGGCCGGGUGUGCCGCGCCUCGGGACCUCGAGGAAGGCGGGAGCGGGACGUGGCGAGAGGCCGCCUCAGCACUGGGCAAAAGAGCCUUGACACGGAGAUGUAUAGUUGGUGACUGUCUCUCCAGAUGCUGAGGUGCUUGUAUCAUUGGCACAAGCCAGUACUGAGCUGUAGGUGGAGUAGGCUGUGCCUUCUGAAGCAGUAUCUAUUUACAAUGAAGUUGCAGUCUCCAGAAUUCCAGUCACUUUUCACAGAAGGAUUGAAGAGUCUGACAGAAUUAUUUGUCAAAGAGAAUCAUGAAUUAAGAAUAGCAGGAGGAGCAGUGAGGGAUUUAUUAAAUGGAGUAAAGCCUCAGGAUGUAGAUUUUGCCACCACUGCUACCCCUAUUCAAAUGAAGGAGAUGUUUCAAUCGGCUGGGAUUCGGAUGAUAAACAACAGAGGAGAAAAGCACGGAACAAUUACUGCCAGGCUUCAUGAAGAAAAUUUUGAGAUUACUACACUACGGAUUGAUGUCACCACAGAUGGAAGACAUGCUGAGGUAGAAUUUACAACUGAUUGGCAGAAAGAUGCUGAACGCAGAGAUCUCACUAUAAAUUCUAUGUUUUUAGGUUUUGAUGGCACUUUAUUUGACUACUUUAAUGGUUAUGAAGAUUUAAAAAAUAAGAAAAUUAGAUUUGUUGGACAAGCUAAACAGAGAAUACAAGAGGAUUAUCUUAGAAUUUUAAGAUACUUCAGGUUUUAUGGGAGAAUUGUAGACAAACCUGGUGACCAUGAUCCUGAAACUUUGGAAGCAAUUGCAGAAAAUGCAAAAGGCUUGGCUGGAAUCUCAGGAGAGAGGAUUUGGGUGGAACUAAAAAAAAUUCUUGUUGGUAACCAUGUAAAUCAUUUGAUUCACCUUAUCUAUGAUCUUGAUGUGGCUUCUUAUAUAGGUUUACCUGCUAAUGCAAGUUUAGAAGAAUUUGACAAAGUCAGUAAAAAUGUUGAAGGUUUUUCACCAAAGCCAAUGACUCUUUUGGCCUCAUUAUUCAAAGUACAAGAUGAUGUCACAAAAUUGGAUUUGAGGUUGAAGAUCGCAAAAGAAGAGAAAAACCUUGGCUUGUUUAUAGUUAAAAAUAGGAAAGAUUUAAUUAAAGCAGCAGAUACUUCAGAGCCAUUGAAACCCUAUCAAGACUGCAUUAUAGAUUCUAGGGAACCUGAUGCAACUACUCGUGUAUGUGAACUACUGAAGUACCAAGGAGAGCACUGUCUCCUCAAGGAAAUGCAGCAGUGGUCCAUUCCUCCAUUUCCUGUAAGUGGCCAUGACAUCAGAAAAGUGGGCAUUUCUUCAGGAAAAGAAAUUGGGGCUCUAUUACAACAGUUGCGAGAACAGUGGAAGAAAAGUGGUUACCAAAUGGAAAAAGAUGAACUUCUGAGUUACAUAAAGAAGACCUAAAACUGAUGGCUACUGAAAAGCAGAGCAUUUUUGGUAAGACUAAUUUUCUCUCCUACCUCUUAAUGAGGUUUUAGAAACUAAGCCAGAAUAAAAGCCAGUUUAGAGGACCUCUUUAGAACAAGGGUCUUAUUUUGUGAAUUAUAUUUCCAGAAGUAAACUAAGAUCCACCUUUCUUGAUCUGAUUUGGAAUAGCUUCAACCGAGAAAAGCAUAGUUGGCUAUUAUGUUAACCUGUUCAGGCUUUUAAAAAAAAUUUGGUUUUACAUAGGGUGGUACUAAGAUUAAUCUUAGAAGGUGCUAACUGUCUUGAAGAAAACAUGUUUAUUAAUGUUUGCAAUUGAAAUAACUGGGUUACCUUGUACAGUGACUGUCUACAGUCUGUCAGUUCUUAUCUGAAUUCCAAAAUAAACUUGUGCUUAAAAAGGAAAUAAUUGACAAGUUUGCAUAAAAUAUGAAGACUAAAUGUGUCCCUAGUUGCUGGCAUUCAUACAUACAGGAUUUGUUCUAGCAAGCUAUGCUUUAGUAUGUAGUUGAUAUUUUUCUGUCACAAUGAUUUCUUUAUGCAUGCAGAGCCUGGGAAAGUAAAGCAAUUAACUUGAGGGUUACUCUUGAGCCUAUUAUUUUAGUAAAACAUUGGUAUUAUGUGUUAAUGUGGUAUCUGACAAUGUAUAUCUGGUGCCAUAUACAAUGGUAUAUGCCUCUCUUUAAAAGUUAAUAAACUAAAUGUUAACUUAUUUUCCUAAUUAAAAGGAUAUAGCUUACAUUAUUAUAUAUUGUUCUUUAAAGAUUUGUGUCUUAAAUGUUUUUCAUUUGGUAAACAUUUAUAAUGCAGACUACUGUUUAUUUCAGCUGCUAUACUGACAUUUCAUAAUUCAUUUUCCUUCCUGUGUAGCCAGUCAAGACAUCUUUGUACUCUCAGAGCACAUAGUAAUACUGGACCCUUGAUAAAACAAUUUUGUAGAGUGUAAUAUUUCUAAGAGGAAGUAUAACAGGGUUUAUGAUGCAAGAAAGGGAGCCUCAGAAAUGACUGCGCACAGGUCAGUAAUUAAGUGCAUUAUAAAAUACUUUGGAAUAUUUAAGUACGGCCAAAAUAUAGAUUUAGAUCCAACAUCAUAGAAUACAUACUAUUUCUAUAUGGAAAGUAUGCAAAUUUAGCUAUACUGGAGGUCUGGUUUUGUCAUUAUAUGCAUAUUUUUACAUAUCAGAAAAUUUUUUUUGCUAGUAAACAGUAUGGGACAUUGAAAUUACACCUUUUCAGGGGAAAAGGUAACUCAUUCCAACUGGUUUAGAUUUCAUUCUAUAUAGAUGUACUGUGCUACUGAAAAGAACUUCGUGAACAACCAGUAAAGUCAUAUUAACCCAAAACUAUUAAAAAUAGUUAAGUAGAGCUUAGAAAAAAUAAGGCAAGGGUAGAUCCUGAACAACGGCAUUGUUGAAUUGCUUUUCAUUUACUCUAUUUACAUAAAUAAAUAUGCAAUUUGAUCCUCAACUGAUUCCAGUCAAGGCAUGUUUGGGCAAAACAAAUUUUGGCCUCAUACUAUUACCAUAGUUUGUACAUUUAAGCUGAUUAGUUUUAAAGUAGCAAAGGACUAUCAAUAAAACCAAAAUUGUUACACAAAUGUGAAAGGACCCACUAAACCCUUGAAUAUAUAAGCAAAGAGGUCCAUGGCAAAGCAGUCUUUUUAGGACUUUAAAAUUAUGAGUAGAUAGUUUACAUUAUUUGAACAAAGAACAUACUUAGUUUCAUGUUUAAGGUUUACUUAGAUUUUCUCCAACUUACGUUGAACAAAAUACAGUACCAUGUCUAGCCUGUGUGAAGGGGACAUGUUUUGGCAUCUUUUCCGUAUGGUAGUUUUGGUUCAAAUUAAUUUUUGAAAAAUAGUUUUUGUUUGGAACAGAAUAAAUGGGCUUAUAGUUCAACUACUGAGCAAAUACACAGAAAAUACUAUUUUUUACUAACAGGCACAUAAGGGAAAUGACAAUGCUAUUUGUGAGCUCAAAACUGUAUACUUUAACUCUAAUAUUUUCAAAUUAGAGUUAAAAUUAGAUUUUACAAAUCAGUAUCUCAGAGAAACUAAAGAAAACUGAACAAAGCCCUUUUAGACUAAUAUACAUUGCCUUGCCUCUUUUGAAAAGGAACAUGUAGUUGUCAGAGCACUGGUAUAGCUAUGCUGUCCCAUACAUCAGGAUCAACUGAUUGUAGGAAUUUAUGAUGUUCUAUACAGGAAGUAAUCUCAUUAUUUCUAAAGGUGUCUUUAUGUCCCAACAAUGACAUGCUACAGACAUACCAGAUUCCACAGGAUAAUGGCACCAAGCUACCCAAGUAGAUAUUUCUGAAACUAAGUUUGUAUUCUAGGCUGCUGUUCAUCCUCUCCAAAAGUAUACUUUAAGUUUCAAAAACUGCAACUGUCCAAGUAAUGUUGUGUUUACUUAAGUAUGUAUCAGAGGCAAUAAUUUCCAAAGCAGAUCUGAUUUUAGAAUAACAAAUUUGUUAGAUAAAUUUAUCUCUAGCACAUCUGUUUACAAGCAAAGUAUUACUUUGUCUGGACUUAUUUCAUCUUCCGUGUCUGGGAUUGUAGGCAACAGAGCAGAUCGCGUUAAGCCCCAAAAUUUUUGAGGUGACAUGUCUUUUUUGGUGGCUGUAAACUUCCAUCCAAUAUGGCUUGCACAGAUCUUACACUGGGCAACAGUCCAGGCAUACCUAAAAAAAUUAAGGAAAAGUAUCAAGCUAAGGAAACAAACACUUCUUUAACUCCAAUCCUAUAAAACCUAUUAUGAAGACAGACCUUAGAGACAAAUUCUAAGUUGAGAUUUGAUCCAUACAGUUCCCUGAAAUAUCAUAAUAUCUAAUUUGGAUAUAUUCUAUGGUAAUACAUCGGUCUUAACAUAUAAUUUUGUAAUAUAUAUAUGACUUUUAUGCUCUUAAGCUAUGUUUACUUCUGUGGAGUGGAGGAAAAAUGUAGAGUAAUCUUAUCUUUAUACAAAUUGCUGGCUGCCAAGAUUACAUUCUAAAUUGUACUGGCUUCUCUUUUGUUGAAGUUAGAAAAGAGCAACCACCUGCAGAAAUAUGUACUUCUGUCUGGAUGGAGCAGGAAGGACAUGUCUCAUAAAAUAUUUGAAAACUACUAUUCUAAAAUAAGGAUGAUGUCAGAUAAAGCAACCAGAAAUAUAAAACAUGGCAUUUCUAUUCUUAUUUUGUCCCUACAUAUAGUACGCCACAUCUAUUUAUAGUGACAAAUUUAUUCUAGUUUUAGUCAUCACAUUAAGCUAGAUAAGGCAAUCCAAGUGAUAUGGUCCUAACUCCAGAGUAGCAAGUAAUCCCUACUUAGCAUCCCUCUUUGAAGAUAAAUAGUAUAGCUGAGAGAAUGGAACAGGUUCCCAGGAUCAUACUUCAAAAUCAUUAAGGUGAAGCAAAAAAAAAAAAAGGUAAACUAGAAGAAAAGCAGGAUUCAAUGGGUUCUGCAUCUUUAGUCUAAUAUUCUCCAGUUUGACAUUACUACAGAAUAUGAUCCAGAUGUAACGUUUUACUGCAUCAUAAGACAGUUGAUUUUCAGGAUGACAUGACAGAAAAAAAGAUUUGAAUUUAAGUGUAAUUUGAGGACAACUGCUGUUGCCAACCUUUCCCUUCACUAAUAGAAAUAACUUUUAUUCAGUGAUACUAUAUAAAAAUACAAAAAAAAGUGUAACAGGUGUUUCUAGCUAUUUGUGGAAUGAAGAACAUUUAAAUUAAAUUUUAUCUCACUCUGUCACCCAGGCUGGAGUGCAGUGGCACAAUCUCGGCUCAUUGCAACUUCUGCCUCCUGGGUUCAUGCAGUUCUUGUGCUCAGCCUCCUGAGUAGCUGGGAUGAUAGGCAUCUGUCACCACACCUGGCUAAUUUUUGUAUAAAAUUACUGAUUUCAUUGUCUACUUGUUAUUACAAAGAGUAUAGCAAGUCUGCUUAGGAUUCUGGGUUUUUCUACCCAAUUAAGGUAAAAAACAAAAAACACCACCACCAUAUUAUUACCCAGGAAACCAGCUGUGUUCCGUAGAAGGCCGGCCUAUCAGAUUCAAGUUGCAAGCCUUAUACACAGUAAGUGUCUCAUGCACAUAUCCAUGAGGAUUCACAUAAGCUGCCAUCGGCCCACAUAAGGAUAAACUAAAACAAAGAAAGAACAUGGAGGACAGGUCAAAAUGAGAAGUCUAAUCCUAUUAAAUGGUUAGAAUUUUCUUGAAAUUCACCAAGAAAUUAGGUAUGAAUUUUAGUUUUACAUAAUAGCAGGAUCUUAGUACAAAAACAGGGGGUAGGGGAUAUAGCUGGCAGACCUGUUUUGUUCAGUCUAAACGUUUUCUGUGAUGACACAAAGGAAAUAGUACUUGUUUUUAAAACCCUCCCUAAGACAGACAUUGUCAAGAAUACAAAACUCAAAUGCUUCUAAAGGAGUCUGAGAGUGUAAAGGCAAUGAAAAGGUCCUGUGUGGUCAUUUUGGGGCAAUUGACUAUUGUGUAGAAAGCAGUUUCCUUACUUUGAUUUGUAAUUCUGAGAAUCUGUCAUAAAAUGAUUUUCAAACACUGUUAUAUCACAGCAUCAGUAAAUGUUCAGAAUCAUGUUCUACUUUGACUCUGUAUGGCAAAACUGAUUACUGAAACAUUUUCUGAGGCAUCUAUGUUAGGGCCUAAUAGAAGACAACUAAUAUGCAUAUUUCUAAGAUAGUCUUAUAUAUAGGUUGUCAACAAGAAUUGGGCGAAAAAGAAUUGCUCAGUUGUUUUACUUUACCAUGCUCAUUACCUGUGAGUAAUCCCUGACAUGCAUUGUUGCUCUGAGUACCCAAUCUGGAAGACGAUCUUACUGAAAGUGAGCUAAUUCCCUAUAUUUCACUGGCUGAGCAUUUGUAACUUUAAAGUAUUGGAGGAAUGUAUAUGGAAAACAGAAAUACAGUCUUGAUUAUAAUUCUGGUAAGGCUAGUAUACUAAAAAUGUAAUAAAGACCUUACCUGAAUAUUUCA